AUGGCCUUACUCACAGCAGUCGCGAACUGGACCAAUAGCUCGGGGGCUGUAGGUGCAGAAUCCUCUGACAACCUGAGUUCCCAGCUCGCUGCAGGGGCUUCUGCGGAGACCGCGGAGUCCGUCGGGGUGCACCUGCUGGUCCUCGGUGGAAACCAGUCUGCCUCCCCGGAACCUCCUCAGCACCGGGCCAACCUCACCAACCAGUUUGUGCAGCCAUCCUGGCGAAUUGCGCUCUGGUCCCUGGCGUAUGGAGUGGUGGUGGCGGUGGCAGUGUUCGGCAACAUCAUUGUCAUCUGGAUCAUCCUAGCCCACAAGCGCAUGAGAACCGUCACCAACUACUUCCUUGUGAAUCUGGCGUUCUCAGACGCCUCCAUGGCGGCCUUCAACGCCUUAGUUAAUUUCAUCUAUGCGCUUCACAGCGAGUGGUACUUCGGGGCCAACUACUGCCGCUUCCAGAACUUCUUUCCAAUCACAGCGGUGUUCGCCAGCAUCUACUCCAUGACAGCCAUCGCGGUGGACAGGUAUAUGGCCAUAAUUGACCCCUUGAAGCCCAGACUGUCUGCCACGGCCACCAAAAUAGUCAUCGGAAGCAUUUGGGUUCUAGCCUUUCUCCUUGCCUUUCCGCAGUGUCUUUACUCCAAAACCAAGGUGCUGCCGGAACGCACUCUUUGUUACGUGCAGUGGCCAGAAGGUCCCAAGCAGCAUUUCACUUACCAUAUUUUUGUCAUUAUACUGGUAUACUGUUUUCCAUUGCUCAUCAUGGGCAUCACAUAUACCAUCGUUGGAAUUACUCUGUGGGGAGGAGCAAUCCCAGGAGACACCGGUGACAGGUAUCGUGAGCAACUAAAGGCUAAGAGAAAGGUUGUAAAAAUGAUGAUCAUUGUCGUGGUGAUAUUUGCCAUCUGUUGGCUACCCUAUCAUAUUUAUUUCAUCCUCACUGCAAUCUAUCAACAGUUAAAUCGGUGGAAAUACAUCCAGCAGGUCUACCUGGCUAGUUUUUGGCUGGCAAUGAGCUCAACAAUGUACAAUCCAAUCAUCUACUGCUGUCUGAAUAAGAGAUUCAGAGCUGGCUUCAAGAGAGCCUUUCGCUGGUGUCCCUUUGUUCAAGUUUCUAGCUACGAUGAGCUGGAGCUCAAGACCACCAGGUUUCACCCGACUCGGCAGAGCAGCCUCUACACCGUGACCCGGAUGGAGUCGAUGACAGUAGUGUUCGACCCCAGCGACGCAGACAGCGGCAAAUCCAGCCGGAAGAAGAGAGCGAUGCCAAAAGAUGCCAGCUCCAACAGCUGCUCCCGCAGGAACUCCAAAUCGGCCUCCACCACCUCAAGCUUCAUAAGUUCGCCCUAUACAUCUGUGGAUGAAUAUUCAUAACUCAGUUCUUGCUGUGAAGAAUAGUGUGAGGGCAUCAUGGUGCCCCCCAGAUCCCCCUUCUCCUGCUGAUUGGCCCUGCCCUACAUAGGCCCCUGGGGAAAAGAAGGGCAAUCUUUAGGCAGCUAUAUGCUUCAAUACCAUCAAAAUAUUUGCUUCCCUCAAAUUGUA